GUUCCCUAAGAUAAAUAAACUGUUCUGAUUCUGAUAUUGAAAGCAAAUAGAUAAAUCAGGCUGUGUGCUGUGUGUUGGUCCUUACUCAUUUAAAAUAUUUGAUGUGUUGUAUUUGUGUAUCUUGUGCAGAUCUACCGCUCCAGCAGCGAGGAGCCGUGUCUGGACGUCUCUCAUGAGAAAACAGUGAAGGACCUGAUGGACACAACCGUCCAAUCAGAGAGGAGAGCAGAGAGACAGUGGACCUACCAGACCUGCACCGAGUUCGGCUUCUAUCAGACCUGUGAGGAUGCUUCUUGUCCGUUCUCUGGGAUGGUGACCCUGAGGUCACAGACUGAGAUCUGUCUCGAGCUGUUUGGAAUUUCCCAGAAUUCCCUGCCUGUAAGCGUCGCCUUCACCAACCGUUACUACGGAGGAGACGAGCCACACACACAUCGGGUGCUCUACGUCAACGGUGGGGUCGACCCGUGGAAGGAGCUGUCGGUGGCGAACAGGACCGAUGGAGGAGAGGAAGCAGAGAGCGUUUUCAUUCGAGACAGCGCUCACUGUGCGGACAUGGCGAGAGGAAGAGUCACCGACCGCCGCUCGCUGAAGAACGCCAGACAGGAGAUUGAGAAACACGUGGAGAGCUGGCUGAAGACGGCCCAACAGGAGAAGAAAAGGACAGAGUGAAGAUAUUUGAUCACAAACAGAUGAAGCAGUGAAUACAGUUAGCUG